CGCCAUUUUUGACUGAUAACAACAAACCGGGAAGACUGCGAGAAUGACUGAGAGUGCUCGAUAAUGGUGCUUCAACCAGUGCUUAGCCUUACCAUUGCCUGUGAUGAGUGAAGGAAGGAAUGCAGAUCUAGACUCUUGUCCAAAGAGUCAUGCAAUAUUCAGAUUCUGUGUGAAGAAAGGCAAAGCUAAGAAAAAGGAAUUUAACUUCAAUUUGUUCAAUGUAGAAAAAGAGCUUGGACCUGGGAAUAAAAACUGGUUUGAAAAUGCUACUGCCCAGAAAAUUCAACAGAAGAAACAGAAGCAUGAAGAUAAUAGUGUCCCACUGUGUACACCAAAGGAUAAAAUCAACUCUCAGCAGCUUUACAGAUCAACCAGCACAAGUUCAGAAUCAUCAGAGAACAAAUUCUAUUUCAAAAUCCAGAGAUUGCUGACAUCUCAGACUUCAACUCCAAGUCAAACAGAAGGAUGGCUGGCACCGGUUCUGGGAGCAAGCCCGGAUGUGGUAUCUGGCUCCGCCCCCCUGUGCGGACAGCUGGACAUCAGGAAGAGUCUGGGUGUGGACAUGAACGACUCAAUGUUGUCCUGGACAAGUUCAAUGGCAACACCAACUUUGAUGGACUCAACAUACAAAGGUUCUCCGUCUCCCAUGACAAAACAACAAAAGGGUUUACCGCGAGUCCUAUUUUCCCCUGGACCCUCACAGACAGACGAGGAGCUACAUGCUUUGGACAAUACAUCGGAGGACAACACUGACGAUGAUGAUGAACCACCUUCAAUUCCUUCCAACAUAAGGACUACUAACCAAACAGUUGGAUCGUUAAUCUCUCCAGACAUAACAGUAUUUCAAAACAUUAACCAACAUGAAGUGUUCAACAGAGAGUCUGAAUUGUCUGAACUUUUCCCAAAGACAAAUUCUGAGUUGUCGACAACUUUUCAGAAAAAUACUUACAAAGGGAGUAUCGUUGUUGAUGCCAGUGUUGGUGAGGAAUCCAGCAUUCCUUUGUUUUCACAAGAUUUAUAUAUGGAUGAUGAAAUUGAAGGAGACCAGGAGCAAAUUUCUUCAACAGAAAUCAAGAGCAGUAAUCAAUAUACUUUACAGGGGAAUAACAUAUCAACAAACACAGGAGAUGGCUGUGAAAAAGGUGUGUCUGAUGCUUUGUCUGACUUUUUUGACCCACCUUCAAGUGCAGUGGGCAGAAGGAGAUGUGCUCCGAGGAAAAGCAGGAAAAGGAAACUCCUGGAUGACAGUUUGAAUUUAGACGUAGGCAGUGAAAAUGAAACGAACACUUCUCCUGUAAAAGGAAGUAAAAAGCUAAAAACUGAUUUGUUAUGUAAUGAAGAUAGGAAAAAUGAACAAAACAAGUCUGAUGUGCAAAAGAUAAAGUUUGAAGAAAAGCAAGAAAACAAAAUUCCUUUUAAAAGUGAAGAUGCAGAAGAAAAAACUGAUUCACCAUCUUCAGAUAUCCAGCACAGUAAAUGCUCUGUUUCACUAAGUGAGGGGGACGUCGUAUGUUUGGAGAACUGCUUUACUCCGAACAAUGCUCAAAAGGUGCUCAAGUCAAUUCUGUCCGGUAAGAAAACAACAAAUGAAGGGUCUGCUGUAAGGAGUAACAAGAAGGUGAGGUUUUGCCUGGAGGAAAAAUCAUCUUUAAAGCGAAAUCUUACGCAACUAGGUGAUGAAGAUUAUGUGUCACCAGAGGUGUUUGAUCAAAGUUUGUCUGAGGAUGAUGCACAAUCUGGAACAGACUCGGGAAGUGAUCGUCGUACAAAUACUCUUGCCAUUUCAAAGGAAGAUUCAUCCAAAAAUGACAAAUCUGAAAAUUUACUUCUGCACAAAUCUCUGAGCAAAGAUUCAGACAUAGAGAUGUGUGAUGAUCUUUUCUCCCAAGUUUCUCCAACGGCUUUGAAUGAAAUGUGUUCUGUAGCCACUUCAGUAGACAAAAUCAGUUCAACGCAGCAAUCAAACUUAGAGACAGGGUCAAGCAAAACAAGAUCAGAUGAGAUAGGAAUGGACAAAACAAAACAAAACCAUGAAUUGAAAACUGAAGAUAAACCUGUUUCAGUGAAAACUGAAGAUAAACCUGUUUCAGUGAAAACUGAAGACAAGCAAAAUGUGACUUUACCUGUAUUGAAAACUGAUGAUGGAUACAAAGUUACGCUUCCUGUGCCAAAGGAAAAGGACCCUAUAAAUGUUCCAUCAAAUCCCUGUCCUUCCAAUCCUUUGAAAAGUUCCAUCAGUCUAAAAUCAAAACCAAAGAAGUUUUUAUACCCCUCAACAAAUCAGAUCAGUAAGUCCUGUCCUACAUCUGUUUAUGGAUUUGCUGAACAGACAGAGAAAAACCUGAGAUUGACAAUGAAUACAAAAGACUCAAAUAGCAAAGAUACACCACAAGACAGUGUGUUAGUCCAGCAACCUUCCACCAAAUCAGAUUCUGGAGAAAAACAUGUUGGUAAAAAUCAACAGGAACAACCAACCGUCCACAGAGGAAUGAAGAGAAACAUAGGAUUUGAAAGUUUCUCAUCUCUUGCAAACAACGGAAAGCUGGACUCUAAGACUGAUAGAUCUGAUGUUCUCCCUGAUGGAAAUGAAUCACAACCAAAGACACUUCACACAAACUUGGUCCAAAUUGGGAACAUGACUUUAAAACCCGAGAGAGAGCAACCAGAACGUGAGGGUUUUGGACUUCACACUAAGUGUGAAGCUGAUGUUCAGUCUUCAAAAUGGAAUACACCAUUGACCCAUGAACAGCAGUCUGGUUCUGAAGGUCUUAUCAAACAUUUCCCAUUGCAGACAGAAACAUGUAAUGCAGAUGUCGGCAGCUCAGAACAUUUUAAGUGUCAACAGAAUUACAAACUUAAAGACAUCAAAAUCAAAACAGAUGUUCCUGAGGAUGGAAACCCGAUCACCUGUGAAACUGACAAAGACAUACUUCAGUUAUAUUCAGACCAGGUUAUCCCUGAUAAAAGUGGAGAACACAUGGAAAGUGAAAGUACAUCACCAAAAAUGAAACCUGCGUCAGCUGAUGUGAAGACGUUUCAACCAGGAACACAGAAUGCAGAAAAUCAAAUAGAAAGUGUGAGAAAUAUAAGCAGUUCUGUGCAUUGUGAUGGAGAUGAAGUGGAACAUGUUCCAGGACCUAUAAAUAGUAUCGCUCAAGAAUGUACUGGAUUUACUUUAGCAAGUGGAAAGUCCUUGACGUUUAGUGAAGAGGGUUUGCACAAGGCCAAACAGUUGUUUGUCAGUGUAGAUUCGGAUACAGGUAUUGGAGAUAACAGUAGUUUAUGCUUCACUGAUAAGAACAGUUUGAAGAAGGACCAACAUGAAAUGAAGCUACCUAGACGGACAUGUACUCUCUCCCAAGUAACCUUGAGCGAUCCAGACAAGACUACAUCAGUCAACUCAACACCUGAGUCCAACAUUACCGAUUUAAAUCUACCAGCGGCAACAGAAUCGGUACCAGGUGUUACUGUUGAUUUUGAGGACAUGCUGGAGGGUGUUUUGAAAUCUAGAAGUUCACCAGAGGUCUCCAGACUUACUCCCCUGAAAAAUACAGGUUCAAGGGGAGGAUUCCAUUUAGGCCAAGACAAAAACAUCUGUUCAAAAAAUUCUCAUUUUGAAACAGCAGUAUCUGUGAUGAAGAAUUCUGCAAAAGAUUCUAAUUUAAAUGCCAAGGAUAUCUCUAGAGGUCCAGUUCCUUUUGGAACAGAGUGUAAACCAGAAGACUCUGAAAACACAGAAGGCAGAUUUAAUAGCGAUCAUAAUGUUGCAAUGCUUAAAGGGUUCACAACUGCUGGUGGGAAACAUUUACAACUCAGCAAAGCAAGUUUGAAGAAGGCGUCAGCAUUACUUGAAGAUACAGACACAAACUAUUCACCUACCAGUAGCUCAUUCCCGGCUGGAGAGAUCUCAAGGAAAGCAUUGACAUCACAAUUUGAUAAGGAAGACCAAUUACUGGCACAUGUGAGUGAAAUUGCUAAUGACACAUCAUUGAACAAUUCUCAAAAGUUUGAUUGUAGAACUGUUCAGCACAAUACGUCAGAUUGUAAAGCAAAAAUAACUGUAGUGAAAAGUCACGACUCAGAUUUGGAGGCGAGAGAAACAACAUCUUCUGGAAAUACAGUAGUGACAACAGGCACACACCCAGGAUUCAGUUCUGUGGGAGGAAAGAGGCUUGAAAUGAGGAGCAAUGGCCAUUUUAAAAGUGGUGUGACUGAUCAGAUAUCUGAUGGAACAAUAGCAGAAUCUCUCUCAACAAUGGAAUCUGGUUCUGAUGUAGAAAUAGCACAGGUAAAAGGGCCAGGAAAGUCAUCUACAUUUAGUGUAGUUACAGGAAAGCCUGUUCAAAUGAAUAAUUCUGCCAGUCGGACACAACAGUGUUUCAAUGAUUCAAGUCUUGAAAAGCAUAUGUCGUUAUUAAGUGAGACGGAUAAGGAAAUCACUGCUGUGUCGAAUGAAGUGGUGAAUGAAGGACCGGUAUUGAGCAGUAGAGACAGGGAGAAGCACAAAUCCACGGAUUCUGAUUUGAAGAAGAGACUUCGCAAAGAGGAUACUUGCAAAGGAAAAAACGAUGAUUUAGAUAAAAACAGUUUCAAUAGGACGGAUGGAGUGUCUGGCUUCAGUACAGCUGCCUCAAAGAAGCGGAAACUUAGUGAGUUAAGUUUGAAAGAAGGGGUGUUGCUGAUGGACAUUGUCAGUAAGGAUGAAACUGAUUCACGAAGGGAUACCACAGAUGGAGACUACAGCAAUACUGAUAGGUCAGUGGGAAUCAACACUGCUGGAGGGUUUGGAGGAUUCAGUACUGCCAGAGGAAAGAAGCUCCAAGUAAGCAAUUCAAGUUUGAAAAAAGCAUUUUCACUAGUUGCAGAUGUUGAGGUAGAUGCAACAGAUGUUUCAAAGAAAGCUGAUGAUGGGGACUUAAGUAAUAUUUGUGGAUCUGAAUUCAGUGCUGUUACAUCAGCUGAGAGCAAAUCAGAAGUAUUCAGCAAUAAUGAUGAUUUUGGAGGAUUCAGUACUGCAGGUGGAAAGAAGCUCAAACUAAGUGAUGCAAGUUUGAAAAAAGGAAUGUCACUAGUUGCAGAUUUUGACGAAGAUACAGCAGAUAUUUCAAACAAGAGAAGGGUUGGAACUGGUGAACUGGACUUACCCAUAGAUGGCAGAUUAAAAGGAAAAGAAUUGACACAAUUCAGCACAGCUGGUGGGUUAGGAGGGUUCAGUACUGCUGGUGGGUUAGGGGGGUUCAGCACUGCUGGUGGAAAGAAACUCAAACUAAGUGAUGCAAGUUUGAAGAAAGCAAUGUCACUAGUUGCAGAUUUUGAUGAAGAUACAGCAGAUAUUUCAAACAAGAGAAGGGUUGGAACUGGUGAACUGGACUUACCCAUAGAUGGCAGAUUAAAAGGAAAAGAAUUGACACAAUUCAGCACAGCUGGUGGGUUAGGAGGGUUCAGUACUGCUGGUGGGUUAGGGGGGUUCAGCACUGCUGGUGGAAAGAAGCUCAAACUAAGUGAUGCAAGUUUGAAAAAAGCAAUGUCACUUGUUGCAGGUGUUGAUGAAGGUAUGGCAGAUAUUUCAAACAAGAAAAGUGUUGGAACUAGUGAAUUGGAAUCAACUACUGAUGGUGGAUCAGAAAGAGAAGAACCAAUGGGUUUCAGCACAGCUGGUGGGUUAGGAGGGUUCAGCACAGCUAGUGGAAAGAAACUGCAACUUAGUGAAACCAGUAUAAGAAAGGCGAUGUCUGUCAUAUCAGAUGUAGAUGGUGAAGACGAUAGAUCGUCCCAUGAUAGGUUGGGAAAAUCUUACAGUGCUUCAGAUGGAUUUCAAACUGCUGGGAGCAAACAACUGAAGCUCAGUACUAGUAUCGAGAAAGGUAUGUCUGUGAUCAAUAAGAUUUAUGCAGAAGAAACGAAAGACUCUGUCUCAUCUGACAUCAAGUCAGCAGAAUGUCAGGAGGGGAGAGGAAAACCUGUUUGUAUAAACCUUGAUGAGAAAGAUUGUUCUUCAGAAAUAAUAGACAUCUUGAAUUUGUCAAGUAGAUCUGGAUCAAGUCUAACCAAAGACAAAGGUUUGCAACCAAGCAACACUAGGAAAAGUUCCUCACGAUUCCCUCCUGGAGCUAACAUCCCUAAGGGGUUCCGACCGUUUAAACCUCCAAAAAUAUCCAAGAAGCCACAAAUAGAGAAGACUAACAGCAAGGAGUGUGUGAAAGUGUCAAACAAAGUUGUGGAGACAACACAAAAUCCUGUCAAUUCCACAGUUGAUGAAAACCCAUCAGUUUUAUUGCAAGGUACUUGCACUGGUGACAUACAACAGGUAGCUAAGAAAGACCAAGUAAAACUUCAGACAACUAACUCAGGUGUUGAUGAAGGCAGCAGCAGAGACAAAGUUAAACCUCAAAGAGCCAGUAUGGCUACUGAUGAACUAGAAAAUGGUAGAGAUAUUACACCUGUACUUAAGGAAGACAAAGUUGAUCAGGACAUUGAACCGUCAAUCAUGGACGAGCUUUUCUCAGAGGAGCUUGAAUCAUCUCAACAUUUUAGUCCAGGAUCUGGUAAAGUAUUGAGGUCACAGAGAUGUAGAACAACACCUAGAGACGGGGACCAGGCACCAGAUAUACUGCCCUCUGAGGAGUAUGAACAGUUCCUAGAUAUAGAGGAUAUUGCAUUGUGUAAGGUGACAGAAAUUAAGUGUGAACAGCCUUUACAUAACGGAAGUGUGAAAACCCAGACCUUGGAAACUACCAAUGAAAAAGAUCCCGCACAAUCUGCGGACAUUAAAAAGAAAUCUCUGACACCAUUGCAGCAUAAUGGGUCUGUGUCAAUGAAAAACCAUCAACCUACACAACAGACUGGUAUCUCAGGCUUUCAAAGUGCAUCAGGAAAAAAAAUGUGUGUUUCUGAAGAAGCUCUUAAAAUAGCAAAACAAAAUUUGGAUGAUUUGCCUGCAGAUUCGCCAAAGGAACAUUUAGAACAACCAACAGAGGACAAUCUAGGAAAAGAAACAGAAAACUCAGGGUUUAAAAGUGCUUCUUGGAAUAAAAUCUCUGUUUCUGGAGUUGCUUCAUCAAAAGCAAAACAAGGAAUGAUUAAUGACUGCAGAGUAUCAAAUAAUAGUGCAGCAAACAUUAAAGAUGAACCUGUGGAGAAAUCGAUGGAUUCUGAAGGACCGAAAAGUGCACCAGAGAAUGAAUCUUGCAUGACUAAACCUUCGGAAUCAGCACAACAACAUAUGAAAUUCUCAUCAUCAACUUUUUUUGAUGAUAAUCUUUGCAUGAAAGCAUCAAGGAUUGUAAACAAAUCGUCAGAUCAACACCUUUUAGAGUUUGGAGGAUUUCAAAGUGCUUCAGGCAAAAAAGUACAUGUAUCAGAGGAAGCAUUGAUGAAGGCCAAGCAGAGUAUCUCUGACUGGUGUUCAGAGGCCAGUGAAGAAUCUGUACACAACAAACCAGAAACAAUUCAAACACAAUGUCCUAGGCAGUUUCCUGAAUACGCUGGAUUUCAGAGCGCCUCGGGGAAGAAAGUUGGUGUUUCCGAUGAAGCCUUAGUGAAGGCUAGACAGAACUUCAAAGAUUGGUCCUCAGACGUAAACGUUGACCAAUCAGAUAUAAUGGAAAGUUCAACAAUGGAUGCUGGAGGCAUUGAUGCAAAGGGAGAUAAAUCUAGUGCAACGCCAAAGGAUGAGGGUUUGUGUGAGGAUGUGAGCCCUUCUGGUGAUAAAAGUGAAGUGAAAGAAGAAGAAUGGACUGUUCCGAACUUAAACAGUUUUAAGGAAAUAGCAAGUAAAACAACAAAAUCUGCAUUGGUUUCAAGAGAAGGAAAAAGAGGCCAAGAACAUACUAGUUUACAUGUGCAGACUGACCAUUUUUCUCUUCAAGAAGUAAUGAAUUCUCAAUAUGAUUUCUCUCAGGAUGACUCUAACAGUGAUGCUGAAGGUGUUGUGAAAAGAGAUGAUGACUCCAUUGUGUUGGAAAUAGAAAAGGCAAAACUUCCAUGUUCUUUAGAUACCAUUCAAACAGAAACUUCAGGAAAACAUACUGUGUCUUCUGAUUUGAAAUAUACUUUUCAAAGGGCUUACGGAAAACAAGUUACUGUGUCGGAGAGUUCUAUUGAGCAUGCAAGGAAAACCAUGGAAGAUGUUGUGUGUUCACCAUUCCAGAGUGCUUCAGGGAAACAAGUGAAAAUUUCUAAAAAUGCUCUUAAAAAUUCUAAGGAAACCAUGGAAGAUGUUGUGAGUUCACCAUUCCAGAGUGCUUCAGGAAAACAAGUAGACAUAUCUAAAAAUGCUCUUGAAAAUGCAAGGAAAACCAUGGAAGAAAUUGGGAGUUUACCACCCCAGGGCGCUUCAGAACAUAAAGAAAAUAUUUCUAAAACUUCACUUGAACAUACUAGACAAACAAUGGAUGUUGCCAGCUUACCAUUCCAAAAGACUUCAGUGGAAUGUAGGAAUAUUUCUGAGAUUGCUGCUCAGGCUGUAGAAAAAACCAUGGAAGGAGUUAGGGCUUCACCAUUCCAAAGUGCUUCAGGGAAACAAGUGAACAUAUCGAAAAGUGCUCUUGAACAUACAAAGCAAACCUUAGAAGAUGAUGGGAGUUCCACAUUUCAAAGCUAUUUAGAGGUAAAACUUAACUGUUCUGAGAAUGCUCUACAGCAUGCAAGGGAAACUACUGAAGAAGUUGGAAUUUCUCCUUUCCAAAGUGCUUCAGGGAAAAAAGUAAACAUAUCAAAAAAUGCUCUGGAACAAGCGAGACAAACCUUGGAAGAAAUCAUGAGUUCACCAUUUCAAAGUACUUCUGACAAAACUGUGAACCUUUCUCAGACUGCAGUUAAGCAUACAAAGGAGACCAUGGAACAGAUAGAAAACUCACCUUUUCAAAGUGCUUCAGGUAAAAAAGUGAAUAUUUCUGAAAGUGCCCUUCAACAUGCAAAGAAAACUUUAGAGGAUUGUCCAUUCCAAAGUGCUUCAGGAAAUACACAAGCUGUAUCUUCCGAGGCUUUGAAGCAAGCUAGAAAAACAUUGUCAGAUAGUUUACCUUCUGUAACCAGCAGAGAACCUGAAAAUACUUCUGAGGAAAGUUCUCUACAUCCUUUGAGAAAAUCAUCAAAUUCUGCACAAAGUUCCCCUUUUCAAACUGCUACAGGUGGUAAAAUGACGAUUUCUGAAAGUUCACUACAGCAUGUUAGAAAAACCAAGGGGGAUCUAGAAUGUUCUUAUAGGGAUUCUGAUGAAGUUUGGGAUUCUUCCUUGAGCUGUGAUAUUUAUCCUUCUUCUGUACAGCAAACUGAAGGUACAAAAUUGGACAAAGUGCCUAGGAUGAAAUAUCAGAUUAUAAAAGAAGUUAAUAAUGUACAAGAAAAACAGUUUUCCUCCAGUCCUUGUGAAGAAAACUUUAUUACGCCAUCAAAACAGAAACAAUCUUUACCAAAGUGCUCUAAAAAUGAUGGGGGACCCAUUUCCACCAAACUUCAUCAACAAAAUACAGUUGUUUCCCCAUGUGUAUCAAGUAGGACGGACCGACAGAUGUUCAUAGAGGGGAUGGACCACAGCAUAGACGAGUUCUGUCAGCCAGAUGACUUCCUUGAGGAAAUGGAAGUCACACCCAAACGUAGGCAGGUAGAAGAAAAAGCAGUCAGCACCAGAUCAGGCAUGGUGAAACCAAUGAAAAGUGUACCAGAGGCUUUCACUAAAGACCGACAAGGUACAAGCUGUUCCCUGCGUGCUUGCUACAGUAAAUCCAAUCCGACCCAGGAGUCUGUUCCCAGGUUAUCUGUCCUGCUUCAAUCAUCAACAAAUGGGAGCAAAUCUCAGCCCCCUGUCAAGUCAUCCUUCCUGACACCUUACAAAAAGUCUGACACCAGUAUGUCAGGAACUGGCACAAAUCCUGAAACAUGUAAUACAGUAAAUCAAGCUUCGAGGAAACCCAUGCCAAGAUUUAUACCUAAAUGUCUGUCUGUACACCAACCUGAUCUAGUGAAAUCCAAAACCACUGCUAGUCCUACAUUAAAUAAGGAGGGUGCAAGUGAGAAUCAGCAGAAAUCCAAAGGCAAUGAGAAAGCAGAUAUUGUUGAUAUUGCAAAAUUAGUGGAAGAAGCAAGAACACAUCAAGCAGAAUUAUUGAAGGUCAAAGAGAAAACCAAGGUCAGUCCAGAUCCUGGGCGACUUUAUACAGUGAAAGCAGGCAACAGGAGAGUGAGGAUGAGGGAUGUGAUCAAACUACAGACAAGAUGUGAAGGCAAACCACAGCACAACCUAAGACCCCGGUUUGGAGAUGUUCGGGCUGCCACAGCUGUACAACACAAGUUUUACCUGCCAGACUUCUACACAAACUUGCGAGGACAUGUGUAUGUUGGUGAUGGGGCCUACCUCGUCCCUGAUAAUGAACUCUAUGCUGGCAAGGAGGAACUCUUCAGGGCAUUCAGCACACUUCCUGGAGUGGACUGUAAGCUGAUCUCUGACGUCUGGUUCUACAACCACUAUAGAUGGCUGGUGUGGAAACUGGCUGCCUAUGAAGUUACCUCCCCUCUUAAUUUUGCUGGAAGAGCUCUCACACCUGAAGUCAUCAUGCUGCAAAUGAAGUACAGAUAUGAUCGGGAAAUUGACAAUUGUCAAAGGUCGGCUCUGAAGAAGAUAAUGGAGCGAGAUGAUACAGCCAGUAAGAGGAUGGUGCUAUGUGUGUCUGGGAUUAAUCAACAGACACAGCCAAGUCAAACUGAUGUCGCAUCUAAACUGGUGGGCAGAGGCGACACAAGCAAACAGGCCUCGUCUGCUGACAAGUUGGAGCCACAGACUUGUGUGGAGCUGACCGAUGGCUGGUACAGUAUAACGGCCAGAUUAGAUGUUCCUCUGACUGACCUGGUCAAUAAACACAGGAUAGGUGUGGGACACAAGCUCUGUGUCAGCGGGGCAGACCUUGUAGGCUCCCAGGAUGCCUGCACACCGCUAGAGGCACCUGCUUCCCUGAUGUUGAAGCUGAAUGCAAACUCAACUCGCCCUGCUCCUUGGGAUGCUCGGCUUGGGUACCAGAGAGAUCCUCGACCACUGUGUAUUUCCCUGUCUGGUCUGUAUGGAGAGGGAGGGGCUGUCGGCUGUUUAGAUGUCGUGCUCGCCAGGAAAUAUCCACAGAUGUACAUGGAAAAGUUAAGCGAAGGUGGCUGUGUGUUCAGAACUGGCCAGGCUGAGGACAGGUUCCAGCACCAACACCAAAGGCACCGCCAGGAGGAGAUGGAGAAACUCUACGCUAAACUACAGACCGAGUUUGAACUGGAAGAUGCUGAGGAAAAGCGUAUUUCUAAAAAGAAAUGGACACAAAAGGAAGUUGAGCUUCUGCAGACAGGAUAUGAGAUUUACGAGGCCUACUCCACGUGUCGACAGCCAGAUAUGAUAGAGGAGUACCUGAGUGACCGACAGAGAGAACUACUAAUGGAGCAACGCAGACAAGUCCAAGAUGAAAAACAACAGAAAUUACAUGCAGAAUUUCAGAAAACAUGGCAGACAACUUCUGAAAGGACUGUCAUACCAUUGAUGAAGAUGAAAGUUGUUGGCUGUUCCAGGAAGGACAUGGAUUCCAAAGCCUCCACAACAGUGACAGUGUGGCGACCUUCUCAAGAUGUGAUGGAGCUGACUGAGGGGACACGCUACAAAAUCUUUGGAAUGAAUGCCAGCUCAUCUAAGUCAAGAUACAAGCAAUUUGAUGUCCAGCUGACAGCAACCAGACAAACGAGGUUCAUGCCAGUCACCAUUGACGAGAAUCUGCUCGACAUGAUCUACGAACCAAGGGAGGUGUUGUCAGUGAGGGACAUUAAGUGCCGCCAGCCCCUGUAUGGAGAAGCUGACUUUGUAGGGAUGGUUGUGUCAGUUUCUACAGUCGACUUUGCAGAAAGUGGUCGACACCAGGACAUAGUCUAUGCUAUGGACGCCACUGGCAGUUACCUGGGAAUUAAGUUCUGGGGUGGCUUAAAGAGUUUCUCCCUGGAAGACGUCCUGAGUGAAGGCCGGCUGUUCUGUGCCAGUAACCUGAUGGACAAGUCGGCAUAUCGGUCGUCAGUCCUCCCCCUUCUGGAGGCUAGUAUGGAGUGCUCUGUCUUCACCCAAGCCUCUCAGUACCCAGCACAAAGGAAGGCCCUUGACAGGCUCAAGUCUGUGUCAACGGAUACACAUGGAUUCCUAGAGGCAGCAAAGGAACAUCUAUCAGCCCUUAAGCAGCAGAAGAAUGAAAACACAAAAAAGUUCACACCAGAAAAAACCUGUAAGCAAGACACGGUGGACAUCCUUGACUCCGUCCUGAAAACCCCUGUAGAAGGAAGAACAGCUAGUUCUUCAUCAACACCGUCAAGUGGAGAGGAGAGUGGUAUGCCUCCUGGCACGGAUAAACAGAGCCAUGGCGCAUACCAGGCAAGAAUGUCUCGGCUGUUGAACUUUGGGUCACCAACCCCUCUGUCACCUCUUGUGUCCAAAAUCAGUCACACUGUAAGCAAGGACUUCAAGCCCCCUGUACUACGACGUAAAAGCCUUGGACCAAACCACUGACAUUAUUUUAUUAGGUGAAUAGUGCUACCAUACCUCUACAUGUCUCAAAGGAUAAUGUGUCGGUCAGCAAGAGCGAUAAACUAUUAGAUGUUGAACCAAACCACUCCUAUGAGACCACUUGCACAUAACCUGUGUUAAAGGGAUUAUGUGGAGUAUGCUUACUUUAGGAUAACAUAAUCAUACUCAUAAAAUGUGUUGUAACUGCAAUAUUGGUUUAGAAUUAUGGUUUAAUGUUUUAUUAUAUAUUAUAUUAUAUAUAUAAUAUGUGAUAGAGCAGCAUUUCAUAUCUGGUGUAGAUAACUAUUAUCGUUUUGAAAAAAGUUUAUGAGUUCUUAUAAAAACCUGGUGCUUUUAUUGUUAAAAUGAUUGUAUGCUUUUAUUUUACUGUAUUCUUUGUGAUAGUUAUGAAAUAAC